AUGGAAGCAUCUGUGCUGAGCCCCACGUCCUGGGAGAAAAGAAGGGCCUGGCUGUGCCAGAGCCGCAACUGGCAAACCCAGGUCCUGGAAGAGGAGGCUGCUGCUGCUGCCCUGGAGGAUGUGCCAGAUCCGGACCCUUCCAGCCUGGAUGAUGUUUUCCAGGAAGGGAAUCCACUCAAUAAGAUUGAAGACUGGCUUCAGGACUGUGGAACGUCUGAAGAGGGACUUUCAGAAGAAGUGGGACACUCCAUAUACAAUGGGUACUCUAGCCAUGGGACCAGCUUUGAAGAUGACUUGAGCCUUGGAGCAGAGGCCACACUACUGGCCACCAAUGGAAGCCCGUUCUCCAGGAAUUUCCUCCAGACACCCAGGCCUUGCCAUCUACUUGAUCUUGGCUGUAGUUUGGCUUCCAGCAGCAUGACUGGUGGGACCAACAAGACUAGUUCAAGCAUUUCAGAGAUUCUGGACCAGGUGCAAGAAGAUGCGGAGGAUGUCCUCUUCAGCCUGGGCUUUGGCCACGAGGACCACAAAGAUACAUCUCGUAUCCCUGCAAGAUUUUUCACCAAUCCCUCUCGGGCCAAAGGCAUUGACUUCCAGCUCUUCCUGAAGUCCCAGGUACAGAGGAUUGAGAUGGAAGACCCCUGCCUGAUGCUGGCCAGCAGGUUUAAGCAGGUUCAAACACUGGCUGUCACCGCUGAUGCCUUCUUCUGCCUCUACUCCUAUGUAUCGAAGACACCUGUCCAAAAGUUCAUGCCAUCCAACAUCUUUUGGAAUUGUAACCCAACUGAUGUGCCAUCCAUCAGGAUUCUAGCCCCAGAGCCAGAACCCCACUCACCCAGAGACCGUCUCCGGAAAGCAGUCUCUAAAAUGUGCCUGUAUACAGGUUCCCGAGAUCAGCUGUCACCACCUCACCACACCCCCAAAAGGAACAGUUUGGACCAAGUGGUGUGGGAAGUGAUAGACAGAGUAAAAGGAGAGAAACUAGGGCUCCAGCAAGGCUCUGGGUAUGGUCAAGGCACACAGGAAGAUCCUGUGCUCCCCUUAGGAGAUGCGGAUCUGCCUGCUUCAUUUCAGUGCGCACUCUGCCCUAAAAAGGAAACACAGAUAGAGACGUGGUGUGCACACUCUCUAGCCAGAGCAGAUCCACAGUGCAGCACAAACUCUGCACAGGAGAGGAGAGAACUGUGGGGUCUACAGGCCACCAAUAAGGAGGCCCAUUCGGCCAAGAAUGAGACUAUGUGGGAAAGAAAGAGCAAAACAAGAAAGAGCUUAUUUCAAAAGAGUCCCUUGGACAAGACAGUUAAGUCCCUGGAUCUGCCCAUCACCCAGCAGAAAUGGAAACAGAGCAGAGCCAGCGCAGAACUGCAUCGCUGUCUAACUCAGCAGCCUCAGGACACUUCUGACUUGGAAGCGAUACAAAGCAACAAUGAGGACAAGAAGGACAGCCACUCGCCCAGCAGACCCAGACAUCCCCCUUCCACCCCACUUUCCUUGGAGAAGACCCAAGAAGCUUUCUCAACACCAGCAUAGCGUGUUCUCACGACUGUGGCUUCACAGAAGAGCCCAACGGUCACCUCUUCCUGAAGGAAGUUACAUUGUCCUCAACAUCCAGCCCCUGCUCCUUGCAGCCCCAAAUUCCCAAAGGCAUUAGGAGAAUUCCAGCGUGGGACACCAAGAUGAAGACCAGACCAAGAGACUUGGACUCUACAUCCUGAUGCUGGUGUAAACUGGAGGCACAGACAGACCUCAGACACGUUUCUUCAUUUCCCCACACCUUCGCUUCUCCUCUCAGUGGAUGUUACCUACAGGAAAUGGACAUGGGCAACGCAGUCAAAGACUUCUUUUUGCCUAAGCUUUGGUACUGCUGAAGACAGAAGGCAUAAGAAUAAUCAAGUCUGCAAAACAGAGGUGGCUACUCGAUGCUGUUAAAGGGCUCAGGCUAAGAGGAGGGAGAAUCCUCCUAAGAAGAGGGUCAAAACCUUCAGUGCAGUCACUGGAGGAUUUCCUCCGGACCUCUGCUCCUUCGUAAGAAUUAGUUAAAUUCCCAAAGAUCUACCACUGCAUCAGAGCCCUAUUUACCUUCUUGGGGUUUUAUCUAGGAAGACACUUGGAGUAUUUCCCUUAAAGGAAGUUCCUCUGUCUUUCCGGAUUUGGUAUCUUCAUAGGAAAAUAGAAAGCUGAACUCAGGAUGCUUCCUCUUGGCUUAUGCAAAAAACAAGUGAAUAAAAAAUCAAACAAAUAAAA